AUGGCUAAAAAGAAAUGUUCAUCAUGUUGGGCAUCUCUUCCUAGAUGUCUCAUAUAUUCAAUCUUGAUAAGUUUUCUCUUCUUUCGGAUUAUAUCGAAUUCUGUCUCGCAUGCAACACUUGGAAUUCCUUUGCUCUGGAUCAUUACAAAGGAUCAAGCAUUAGCAAUCACUGACUUCCAUGGUUACUUUGUACGUCCUUUGAUCUUUGACAAUAUUCCAGAGCCCAGGCUUUUGUACAAUAUCAUUACCAAUGAAAUCUCCACUUUGCAGUUAAUUAUCCUACUUGAAGAAUACGGAACUUGCUCUGGGAAUAUUAUUUCACUAAAUGUAAUCAGGGAUGGUGAAUCUUCUAAUAGUUGCAUCAAGGUUAAAGAAUUAGCAUCAGAUUCUGGAGUUGGAAGUCUCGAAAUCAACUGCAUUGAUGCAGAAAGGAGAGCUCUUCUCAAGUUCAAGGACAAUCUUAUAUCCUAUAACAAUGACACUCUUUCUUCCUGGGGCUAUGAAGAAGAAAAGAAGGAUUGUUGCAGUUGGGAUGGAAUUGGGUGUGACAACAUAACUGGACAUGUCAUCAUGCUAAAUCUUUCACAUCUUCAACUUUCUACCAGAGGCUCUAUUCCAAAUUCUCUAGGGAACAUGACUCUCCUUACACACCUCAAUCUUCGCUAUAAUUAUUUCAUGGGUUUGAUUCUUGAAACUUUUGCCAACCUAGAGAUCCUUACAUACCUCGAUCUUAGUGGGAACAAGUUAAAUGGUUCCAUCCUAGUGAUUUUUGAGAACAUGACUAGUAGCCUUAUAUAUCUUGCCCUCGAUUCCAAUAAGAACAUGAUAGCUCUUGUCUACCUUGAGCUUCAGUUUAAUAAACCAAACUCCAUUCUUGAAACCAUUGGAGACAUGAUUUCCCUUGAGCACCUUGAUAUUGGGUUUAAUAAACUUGAAGGUGAAAUUCCCAAAUCCAUUUGGAACAUAUGCUCUUUACGCACAUUGUCCUUGCCUGUAAACAAUCUUGGUGGAGAACUCCCUGAGCUCUCUCGAUCUUCAUCCAUGUGCACAAAUCACUCUUUAGAGACUUUGUACUUACUUCACAACAAAAUAAUGGGGUUAUUUCCUUAUCGUUCAUUGUUCUCCUUUUUGAGGUCCUUAGAUCUUUCCUCAGAUCAAAUAAGUGGACAUCUGCAUCCAAGUAUUGGGAAAGUUCCUACCUUCAUUGGAUCUUUAACUCAUAUGCAGACAUUGCGUUUAACCAACAAUAAGUUUAUAGGAGAGAUACCUUUGUCAUUGAAGAAGUGCAUAGAGCUGAUUCUAAAAUGUGUCAAGAAUGUUAGAGCCACGAGAUCUGGCAAUGCUAAUGGCAAUUCUACAACAAUUGAGCAUUUGUAUAACAGCUAUACUACUUCAAUAUCAUCUGGACGGAGUUACUAUACAGACCAGAUACAAGUAAUAUGGAAAGGGAUUCUCUCAGAUUAUGGAAAUACUUUGAGGCUAGUUAAGAGCAUAGAUCUGUCGAGCUAUAUGCUUAAUGGGGAAAUUCCAACAGAAAUCAUUGAGCCCAUUGCCUUGAUUUCUUUUAACUUAUCAAGAAACAAUUUAAGUGGACAACUCCCUCAGCACAUUGGUUACUUGAAAUCCUUAGAUUCUCUUAAUUUGUCAAGUAACCACUUUUCAAGGCAAAUUCCUCCAAGCCUUGCUUUGAUUGAUCGCCUUAGUGUGCUAAACUUGUCUAACAACAACUUGUCAAGAAAAAUUCCAACAGGCACUCAACUCCAAAGCUUUGAUGCGAAUGCAUACAUGGGGAACAUUGGACUCUGUGAAUCCCGACUCUCUAAAAGAUGUCCAAGAGAAGAAGAACCAGUUGCCCCUUCUGAAUCUACUGCAGAAAUAGAUUACAAAGAUGAGUUUAUAAGAGGUGGAUUUUAUCUGAGUUUGGGGAUUGGCUUUGUUGUUGGAUUUUUGGGACUUUGUGGGACAUUAUUCUUCAACAAGUCAUGGAGGUUUGCAUAUUUCAAAUUCCUAAAUCAUUUUACAAAUUUGUAA